AUGCCGCGCUGGGCGCGGGGCUGGCCCGAGGCGCUCAAGGCCCGCGCCGCCCGGUACGCGCUGCAGCGCUGGCUCGGGCCCUUCCUGGAGGAGCCGCUGCGGCUCGAGCAGCUCGGGCUGGACCUGCGGGGAGGCACCGGGACCGUGCGGGAGCUGCGGCUGCGGGCGGCGGCCGUGGACGAGCUGCUGGCGGGGGCGGGGGCGCCCCUGGAGCUGCGCGAGGGCGCUCUCGGGGCUGUCGCUGUCACCGUGCCCUGGGCGGCGCUGGGGACGGAGCCCGUGCGGCUGCGGCUCAGCCACCUGCGGCUCGUGCUGCGACCCCGCCAGCCGGGGUCUCCGGUCCCGGGGUCGCCCCCUCCGGGAGGGUCGCAGCAGGGCCGUGACCCCCCCCCGGAGCCGCCCCCGCUGGAGGGGCUGGAGGCGCUGGCGCUGACCAUUGACACAGUGCUCCGCCGGCUGCAGGUGCUGCUGGAGGAUGCCGAGCUCAGGGUGGAGCUGCCCCCGCAGCCUGGGGGGGGCCCGGGGGGGGCCCUGGAGCUGCACCUGCCCAGGGUGGAGUACGAGGACUCCGGGGGUGCUCCCGGGGGUGGCCCCCCCGCCGUGCUGCACAAGGGGCUGCGGCUGUGGGACCUGCGGCUGCUGUGGCAGGAGCUGCCCCCAGCCUGGGCACAGGUCCCCGUGUCCCCCCCGGUGCUGGGGGGGCUCCUGCCGGGCCCCUCGGAGCUGUGGCUGCGCCUGAAGCAGAACCCGGCGCUGCCUGGACCUGCGGUGGAGCUGGAGGGGAAGGUGGGGGCCCUGCACCUGCUGCUGGCCCCACCCCUGCUGGGGACCCUGCGGGGGCUGCUGGGGGCCCUGGACCCCCCCGAACCUCCCCCCGGGGGUCGCAGCCGCCCCCUGGGCCCCGAGGACCUGGCGCUGAUCGAGCGGGAGCUGAGCCGGUGCCUGCGGGGGGGGGGCGACCCCCCGAGCCCCCCCGGGGGGGACCCCGACAGCGAGCUGUUCUACUCCAUGACGGGGUCCUUGGGAGGGGGAGACAGCGCAACCCCCCCUGGGGACGCCCCUGCAGGCAGCCCCCCCCCCAGCCCUGCCGUCAGCCCCCAGCACCGCUGCCCCUCGCCCCACAGCUCCGCGCCCCCAGGCCGGGGCCCCCCAUGGCGGGGGGGGCUGCGGCUGCAGGUGACGCUGGGGAUGGUGACUGCGGUGCUGCCCGAGCAAGGGGGGGCCCCCAGCCCCGCCCACCAGCGCCUGUGGGCGGAGCUCUGCGACGGACACACCCACCCAGCCUGGGAGCGCACCCUGCCCUUCCCCCACCUCAGGCUCGUCGUGGGGGGGGCGCAGCUGGGGCUGGAGCCAGGGGGGCCCCGGGGGGGGCUCUCGCUCGCCCGCCUGGAGCUGCUGGAGGAGCUGCCGGGGGCCACGCCCCCCCGGAUACAGGUUCUGCAUUUCCCCGCCCUACUGGCUGAUGGCUCCGCCCCUGCCCAGCCGGUGCUGCGCCUGCGCUGGGGCCCCCCCGGCCCCGCCCCCCCUGGGGCCCCACCCAUCCCCAAGGAUCCCCCAGACCCCUCCCCAGCUCACCCCGACCCCUUCAGACCCCCUGGCCCCCCGUGA